AUGCUCUACCCAUACCUACUACCCCCAGGAGACCUGUUUGUUGGAGACUAUCCGCGACCUGAAGAACGUCCGGAUCCCAAACCAGUGAGACGUACAUUUUACGGUUACCCAAUUCAGAAGCUCCCGUGGCCUGCAAGCAUCACGACUACGUACUACGUUCGGGGCAACAAAUUCAAGCUGAACGACAUGCAUCUUGGAAUCUCCAGUGUCACUAGAAUGACGUAUAGCGAAGUAUCGGCCGUACUCUACGCCCGGAAGAUUCACUUUCACGGCAGCAUUCAGAGUGCUUUAGCCUUUCUCCACGACUGUGCCCACCAUCUGGGCGACCUCAAGAAGAUCAGUCUCCGACUCUUCCCUGAUCUAGAAACAUACGCCCAGCAACCCGCUCCAGCACCGGAAGGUACUUGGACACCACCAACUCCGAUGAAUCUCUGGCGCAAGUUUUUGAACGUCAUGAUCCAUAACUGUCCGGGCAUCGAGAAAGUGGAGCUUUUCGUCGAUAAGACUAUAUGGAAUGUUGCUCCUUGGAAAAAAGGCAUCUCUACCGUUAUGGAACGCCCUGACGAUAAGCCCUUGGUGAUUGACUUUGGCUGCGCGGAGGACAACGGUCCGCGGAAGAGCUACCUCCAGCACGUCGCCCGCUUCCACAACGGGUGCAAGUUCACUUUAACCAUCGACGAGCCAGAAGGAUAUUGUCAAAUCUCUCCAGAGAUGCGGGUCAAGUACCGAAAGGCCUUAGAAGAGUGCACGGAGCAGGAAAUGGCGGACCGUCCGCGCUUCGAUACCAAGUGUCGCUGCAGUUGUAUGCAGGAUAAUCUGAAGCACCUGGUGCUGGACUGGUCCUGCAUCCUUCGAUGGGAAUAG